CUUCAGAAAGGACUCCACCUCAUACUGUUAAACCAGCUUCAGAAAGGACUCCACCUCAUACUGUUAAACCAGCUUCAGAAAGGAGUCCACCUCAUACUGUUAAACCAGAUUCAGAAAGGACUCCACCUCAUACUGUUAAACCAGAUUCAGAAAGGACUCCACCUCAUUCUGUUAAACCAGAUUCAGAAAGGAUUCCUCCUCAUACUGUUAAACCAGCUUCAGAAAGGACUCCUCCUCAUUCUGUUAAACCAGCUUCAGAAAGGAUUCCUCCUCAUACUGUUAAACCAGCUUCAGAAAGGACUCCACCUCAUACUGUUAAACCAGCUUCAGAAAGGACUCCACCUCAUACUGUUAAACCAGCUUCAGAAAGGACUCCACCUCAUACUGUUAAACCAGCUUCAGAAAGGACUACACCUCAUUCUGUUAAACCAGCUUCAGAAAGGACUCCACCUCAUUCUGUUAAACCAGCUUCAGAAAGGACUCCUCCUCAUACUGUUAAACCAGCUUCAGAAAGGACUCCUCCCCAUUCUGUUAAACCAGCUUCAGAAAGGACUCCACCUCAUUCUGUUAAACCAGCUUCAGAAAGGACUCCUCCCCAUUCUGUUAAACCAGCUUCAGAAAGGACUCCACCUCAUUCUGUUAAACCAGCUUCAGAAAGGACUCCUCCUCAUACUGUUAAACCAGCUUCAGAAAGGACUCCACCUCAUACUGUUAAACCAGCUUCAGAAAGGACUCCACCUCAUUCUGUUAAACCAGCUUCAGAAAGGACUCCACCUCAUACUGUUAAACCAGCUUCAGAAAGGACUACACCUCAUUCUGUUAAACCAGCUUCAGAAAGGACUCCACCUCAUUCUGUUAAACCAGCUUCAGAAAGGACCACCUCAUACUGUUAAACCAGCUUCAGAAAGGACUCCACCUCAUACUGUUAAACCAGAUUCAGAAAGGACUCCACCUCAUACUGUUAAACCAGCUUCAGAAAGGACUCCACCUCAUACUGUUAAACCAGAUUCAGAAAGGACUCCACCUCAUACUGUUAAACCAGCUUCAGAAAGGACUCCACCUCAUUCUGUUAAACCAGCUUCAGAAAGGACUACACCUCAUUCUGUUAAACCAGCUUCAGAAAGGACUCCACCUCAUUCUGUUAAACCAGCUUUAGAAAGGACUCCACCUCAUACUGUUAAACCAGCUUCAGAAAGGACUCCACCUCAUACUGUUAAACCAGCUUCAGAAAGGACUCCACCUCAUACUGUUAAACAGCUUCAGAAAGGACUCCACCUCAUACUGUUAAACAGCUUCAGAAAGGACUCCACCUCAUACUGUUAAACCAGCUUCAGAAAGGACUCCACCUCAUUCUGUUAAACCAGCUUCAGAAAGGACUCCACCUCAUUCUGUUAAACCAGCUUCAGAAAGGACUACACCUCAUUCUGUUAAACCAGCUUCAGAAAGGACUCCACCUCAUACUGUUAAACCAGCUUCAGAAAGGACUCCACCUCAUUCUGUUAAACCAGCUUCAGAAAGGACUCCACCUCAUUCUGUUAAACCAGCUUCAGAAAGGACUCCACCUCAUUCUGUUAAACCAGCUUCAGAAAGGACUCCACCUCAUUCUGUUAAACCAGCUUCAGAAAGGACUCCACCUCAUACUGUUAAACCAGCUUCAGAAAGGACUCCACCUCAUUCUGUUAAACCAGCUUCAGAAAGGACUCCUCCUCAUACUGUUAAACCAGCUUCAGAAAGGACUCCACCUCAUACUGUUAAACCAGCUUCAGAAAGGAGUCCACCUCAUACUGUUAAACCAGCUUCAGAAAGGAGUCCACCUCAUACUGUUAAACCAGCUUCAGAAAGGACUCCACCUCAUACUGUUAAACCAGCUUCAGAAAGGACUCCACCUCAUUCUGUUAAACCAGCUUCAGAAAGGACUCCACCUCAUUCUGUUAAACCAGCUUCAGAAAGGACUCCACCUCAUACUGUUAAACCAGCUUCAGAAAGGACUCCACCUCAUUCUGUUAAACCAGCUUCAGAAAGGACUCCACCUCAUACUGUUAAACCAGCUUCAGAAAGGACUCCACCUCAUUCUGUUAAACCAGCUUCAGAAAGGACUCCACCUCAUUCUGUUAAACCAGCUUCAGAAAGGACUCCACCUCAUACUGUUAAACCAGCUUCAGAAAGGACUCCACCUCAUUCUGUUAAACCAGCUUCAGAAAGGACUACACCUCAUUCUGUUAAACCAGCUUCAGAAAGGACUCCACCUCAUACUGUUAAACCAGCUUCAGAAAGGACUCCACCUCAUUCUGUUAAACCAGCUUCAGAAAGGACUCCACCUCAUACUGUUAAACCAGCUUCAGAAAGGACUCCACGUCACACUGUUAAACCAGCUUCAGAAAGGACUACACCUCAUUCUGUUAAACCAGCUUCAGAAAGGACUCCACCUCAUUCUGUUAAACAGCUUCAGAAAGGACUCCACCUCAUUCUGUUAA